UUGCUAUGGAGUUUGCGUGGUUUAAAUCACGGAAGAGACCAACAUUUUCUGUGUUUCUGACUUCAAGCAGAUAUUAAAUUCAUAGCUAGGAUUUUUUUCACGAUGUUCACAGAUAGAUUAAACGUUUUGCGAGAGCAAAACCAACAUUUAAUGACGCAUUUAAAGCAGCAAAGAGACAAACUGGAGCGAGUGAGCGGCUGCAGCCAGAGCCGUAAGAGAAGGAGAGAGGAGGCCAGAGAGGAGAGGAGGCAGCCCGAUGUGACGGUGACUCUGACCGAUGGAGACCGCUGUCCCGCCAGAGCAGCUCUCGCCAGACCCUCUGUUAGAUUUGCAGAUACUUGUGAGACUCAGAGAGGCGAGAUGGAAGGAGCCAUCCAGCACCCUGCUUCCUCGCCAUCUGGGACCUCUAGGCACAGAGGAGUGGAUGCACAGAAUGCAACACAUUUGGAAGGCAGCAACAAAAAGAUUCACUUUCAGUCCGGAGUACAGGGCAUGCGACCAGCCAACACAAAGUCCUGUCCAGUUACGGACAGCAACAAACAGAAAGUGCCCCAGAGCCGAGUCUCAUUUCAGCCUAACGAUUGUGAUGACCCGCCUACCUCAGACAGGAAUCAUUUGCCGCCUUUAUUGGGAUAUGAUUGGAUAGCAGGAGUUCUGGAUACUGAGGACUCAUUGGUAGAACGCUCGGAUGAUUUUUUUGAUGAUCUGCGCACGUUUAGAUCCCUUCACAAAGACGAGUGUGUCCAUAGCAGACAAGCAGAAUUUGUUGAGGAGAGCCAUUUGCUCCCAUCACUGGGAACAGACGACGAUGACCAGGAACCAAACACGGACACUCAUCAGUGUACCUUCUCUUACAGGAUCAACAGCAGACUGUUUCCUGUCCCACUCCAAGCUCACGAGUGCUGCCCGGUGUGUAAAAAGCACAAAUCCUCCCAUCCUCACACUGCUGACGAACCAGCCCUAAUCAGGGUCAGCAUUCCUUGCAUCAAUCUGUUGCCGCCUCACAAGUACAAAGCUCAUCGCCGAUGCAGCUUUGACCCUUCUGACAGUUUGGGGUUACCAUCGCACUGUCUCUCAGGCUGGUCAAACAAAGGUCAGAGCUUCCUGCCACCACCCAGCAGCCUUGAUCUGCGGAGCAGUCUUAGAAAGCCGGACUCCCUGAAAACACAACUGGAGGACAUGGCUGCAUCCAAGGUGUUUGGAGGUCAACGCUCUGACCAGAUCCUAAACGUGUCUUGCUUGCCUCGUCACAAAUUUCAGCACUUCUCCCCGAUCAGGAAAGUGGGAAACACAUCUUACCCCUCAUCCUGACACAAAGUCUUUUAGUUUUACUGGAUGACUGCGCUUCCUGUUUUGUUUUGGUUUUUUUGUUCCAGAAUUGCUUUUGAUUCAGCUGACUUUGCUUUUUUUAAUUAUAUUUUUUAGAAGGAAAAAAGAGCAUCAAAAGCUGCAGGUAGCUUAAGUGGGUCAUUUGAAACAAGAGAUGUGUUUGAUGUUGCAUGUGAGUUGCAGAGACAAAAAUAAUGUUAGACUAAUAGGUUGUAAUAACUGACAACACUCAAAGUUUGGCAGCUGUGUUAAAUGUAGGCUUAGCAGAUUCAGACUCAACAUGUGACUGUCUGUAGCCUUGUGGAAGUGAAGCAAGUGUUCUGGGUUGCAUCACAGUUUUUUUUUUGCAUACUAAAGGUUAAGAAUGUUUUUACAGUCUAACUUGCAACAUUAAGGAAAUCGCUCUGAAUCAUUUGUGCCUCUCAGGAUGCAGUUUGCUGUUUCCCAGCUGUAUGCUUUGGCACACUGGUCCAUGCAUACUUCUGUUUUCUAACUUCCUCACUUCGGAAGGGAGAACUCUAGAAAAGGCAGCGGACUAUUUUACUUUACUGUUGCUGCAUCUCACAGGAAACCACAGCCACCUUUAUGUUCUUACACAUGUCAUGUACUUUUUGUGAUCCAACUCACCAAACUUUUUUAUACCUCCAGGUGACCGACAGAUCUGAAUAUCAUAGAUCAUAUGAAAUGUGUCAUCAUGUGUUGAGUGAAUUUAAAAAAUAUGAAGAUGUCUUAUUCGGUUUAAUAUGCUGCUGUUUUUUUGUUGUUGGUUUUUGCGUCACAAAUAUUUGGUGGGGACCAAAUACGUUUUAGUCGCAUUUUAAUUUUACAGAAGUUCGCAAAGAAGUCGAAUGUCACUGAUUUCCUGAAUGCCAAGCAGCAGUUUUGAAAGCAUUGUUGUUCUGUCUCGCAAUAAAAAAUAUUUUUCUACCUUCAGGGAGCUCUUGGUUGCCAUAGAGAUGAACAGGAUUUGAAAGUCUCUUGGGACUGAUAAAACCUCACUGCAUAGAUCAUCCCCAUUGUUUCUGUUCUGUAGUGAUGGCAUAGAUGUGUGCUUCGAUCAAAAAGGUCCACAUUGGAUUGCUGCGUCAGUUUAGAGUUAUAUCCUCAUUAAAGAUAAAGGCACAUGCAGCGUUUUCAUUCCUCAUUCGAAAAAGUUUUAACUGUGUCAUUUAAAAACUACCAUGCCACACACGAGGAAGGUAUUCAUCAGCAGAGUGACCUAAAUCACUGCAAUAGAAUAUUGAAUUAAACGACUUUAAAACACAUUUCACAUAUGCUCGUCAUCUUUUACGUUGUUUUUUUGUUUUUUUUCUGGCUGCAGCAGCUCAGAAAAACAUUAUAAAAUUCCUAGAGAGAAGAAAAGAACAGUAAUGGACAACAAACGUGCUGCUGCUGUUCUUAAGUAAAUGAACAAUGAACAAGCCGUGGGAGGGGAAAGUUAUCAUGAAAUGUCAGCUUCUCACUUGGGCGCAAGCAGCUAGUCAUAGGGGCAUUAAAGUGGGCACAGCAUGAACUUAGUACAGUAAUGUAGCUGAAGAAAAGAUACUGUCUAGCUUAUAGUAAGUUUUGGAGAAAAGUAAACCUGUUUGUACUUGAUUGCUUCCUUGUCUCCGAAAAUAGAAUGGCUUUUUGUGGGAUUUAGAGCAUUAACUUAUUGUUAUUUGACAGUCGCAGGCAGCUCAACCUGUGUUUCAGGUUUUAAAGUAAUAUGUUGCAAUCACACAUGUAAGAAAAAUCCAGCAGGGGUCAGUUACUUAGGUGGAUAUUUGCAUUAUUAAGCAGUCAACAGAUUUUAGUUCAUUCUGGUUCAAUCGGCCUUGGUUCUAGUGUGUCAGCAGCUCUGGAUAAACAAGAAGAGAAAUUCCUCAUUGGUCCACUUCCUGUUUUAGUAACGUUUUUCUUUUUUUUUUCACUCAAAAAUAUUUGCACUGCAUAUUUCCCACCAGCUCGUCCAUGAAAGGGGACUGGACAGCAACACAAAAACUCCUCUCAUUUCUCUUUUGCUUACAGACUCUGUUCUUACAAGUAUCAGUCUGCUAAAUUUAGAAUUUAGUUUCCCAUGUCAAAUUAUAAACAUUAAAGAUUCAUCCAUGUGAACCAGAAAAACAAGAUCCUUUUCUCACAGACGCUGCAGCUUUCUUGUAAGCAGCCACAGAUGAUAAAAAGAUUAAGCCGCAGUGGGUUUACGCCGAACAUUUACAGGCUCAUUUCCUCUCUCUACACAGUUGACACAGUUCAAGGAAACUGCUCUUGCUUUGAGAGUUGACCCGCCUUCACAAAAUGAGCAGUGAAGCUCACAUGCCGGUUGCUGCAUCCCCCGCUCUGUAAUUUGCUCUAAAGAAGAGAUGAGGGACAUACGUGUGCUACUGGUUCUGUGGAUUGUCCAAACUACGACGGUUUGCUCUCUGCCUUACGUUCCAGACUCAGAUGGGAAAUGUCGUAACACAACGACAGAGUACUUUCAGGAUGGUUCCAGUCUGUGCUGUAAGAAGUGCCCCCCUGGGUAUCGCAUGAAAAAAGAGUGCUCUCAACAAAGUGACAGUGAAUGUGAAAAAUGUGGACCGGAGAUGUACAUGGAGAACUGGAACUAUGCUAAAAACUGUUUCCCAUGCACCAGAUGCAAAGCAAGAAAAGGCCUGCAGAUCAGCCAAACCUGCUCUCCGGCCAGAAAUUCCAUGUGUGUCUGCCAGCCUGGGAAGUUCUGUCAGAUGGGAUUUAAUGACCCAUACUGCACAGACUGUAUUUCAUAUACAUUGUGCAAAGCUGGUUUUGGAGUGUCUGUGCCAGGCACACCCAACUCAAAUGUGAAAUGUGAAAAGUGUCCAAGUGGAUCAUUUUCCAGCGUGGCCUCCUACAGUGAUUGGUGUAAGCCUCAUACAAGCUGUAACGGGAGGGCCGUUAUCAGCAUGGGAGAUGAUGUCUCGGACACCAAAUGUGAAGAGCAAAUCGAACCAACUGUGGCUGUGACUACAGCUCCAGUUGUGCUCACCACUGUUACUACAGAGGUGACCACAGUUGAAGCAAGCUCUGUUUUUACAACACCACACAUACCACUUAAUUCCUCAACAGCAGGCCAAAAAACAGCCCCUCAACGAGACACUUUAUGGGUUACAGGCGUUGCCAGUGUCUUUGGACUCCUUCUCCUUUUCGCACUCCUGUUUGGCGUUUCUAGAAAAUUCUGCAAGAAAGAUCUAAGAAUCAAACAACCUAAAGUAGAUGCAAAUGGAAACUGUGAGAGCAGAGAUACUAUCGACAAAAACUAUAUAAAGGAACCUGGCAUAACGUCAUUCACAGCUGCCACACCAGAGCAAGAAUGUCUGCUAGAGAAAGUGGAAGUUACCAGUGACCAGAGCCAAUGCAGCAGCAAUUCUGAAACUUCAACCAGAAUGGAUGGUUACAGCAGCCACGAGACCAUCGGCCCGUUACAGUCCAAUGCAGCCCCCGAAAAUCUGACCUCUGCCUUGUCGGAGCCCAGGACUUUGCUGUCCAACACUCCACCCUCCAGCAUCCCAACACAGUCCUCCUCUCAGCCCACCAGCCCACAGGUCAUCAGCCCUGUGACCAACAGCCCCCACGUCAAUGUCAACAUCACUUUACAUAUAGGAAAUGGGUCCUGUGGGACCCCGCCUUUCAUGCCCACAGACUUCAAACAAGCAGAAUGUAGCUUUGGGACAGAAGAUGAGUCCUUCAGCACCCCGCAGCAAGAGGCGGGCGAACAUUUUCUGACGUCAGUCCAGGAGAGCGCCAGUAACAGUACAUUAGAACUCCCUUGCUCAAAGGACUUUUCAAAGGAGUUUUCUCUUUAGAGUGAUGCAUCUGUUAAAACUAUUUUACAAUUUAAAAAUGCAAAAUUGCACUUGUACUGUAUAUAUGCUAUAUUUUCAGGAAUAAAAACAGGUUAGAUAUAUUUCUAAACCAAAAGAAUAGUCAAUACUUUUGUGUUCAUAUGUAUAUAAGGUAAGAUGUACGUAGAAUGUGAAUAUUAAUGUCUUUACUGAUGUUGGUGAAUAAAAGGGACAUAAUGUACAGAUGUGUGAGCAAUUGGAUAACAUUUUAUACCUUUUGUGUAUUGUGAUUAUUGUUACUUUGUGAAUGCUUACUUUAAGCAUUGUGUUCAAGCUGUUUAGAGUACCCUGACCUAAAUCUCAUUGUGUUAGAGUUUUGUUGAGACAAUAUAUUUGGACAAAAAACUUAUCUGCUUUGUUUUACUUUAUUGUUCAACCUUUAUUAUGUUAUUACCAUUAUUUUAUUGUUUAAUCUCAUACAGAUUACACAA